UGACUGAUGAAAAUAAGGAGUUAACACCACCUCAAGGUUCACAUGAAAAUAUACUUGGUGAAGAUGGAAUUCAACCGCUUAUGUCAUUACCAAGUAGUGAACCUCAAGACUUGCAAGAAACACAAACAAAUGUACUACCUGAUUCAGGUUUUGUUAGUGUGACGACCGAUGGAAACCAUUCCAGAGCGCCUCAAGAUUCUCAAGAAAAUAAGUUUGUGGAUGUAAAUCUCGAUGAGGAUGAACUUCGAAAUGACAUUGCAUCUGGCAUGAAGACUGAAAGUACUGAUUCUAUUGUAAUUACUAUUUUAACUUAUUUCUUCUCUCUUUAAUGUACGAUAUACAUACAGUAUUUUGUGCUCAUUUUGAUUUUAGUUUUAACUAAUUUAAAUUUCAUCCCCAUGAUAGGUAGAUGAGAUGGGUACAACUGUGGAUGAGGCAAGGCCAUGGAAUAUUUCGAGUUCUGUCACUGAAUGGUUUGUAACUCCAUUAAGGAUGAGAGUAAAUGAUAUUCUUUGGAUGUAUCUGAUCUGUUGUGGAUUUCUACUAUCUACCGGCACAAUACCAAUGAGCUAUUUGCAAAGGAAUAACCUUCAGCUAUUCCCCAUCAUCCCACCAGUAGAGGGCUUCCAUGGUCAGCACGAAAACUCCCUACCAACAGAAAAUAGGUUUAGGGAGAGUCUGGAAGACGAUGAUGAGUUUGAAAACUACAUUUCAUCUGGCAUGAAGGCUGAAGCUGAAAGAACAGCAAAAUCACUCCGUGCAUCUAUGGCACACGAAAUGGGCACACCUGUAAAUGAAGCAACACCAUCAAGUAUUUCAAGUUCUAUCUUAGAAAUGCUUAAAAUUCCAUUAGGAAUAAGGCUGACAGUAAAUGAAAAGAGGUCUUUGAGAUAUUUUUUUCAAUCUGUCGCCGGCUUUGAUGAUAAGAUGGCCCAACGACUCCUGCUGCAUUGUACAUCAUCUAACCAGCUGCAUCAACCAAUAAGAAUCGAUUAUGUUGCAGUGAGACGUGGCUUGGCUAAAGCAUUUACUGCUGACACUAACCGUAACGUUUUAUACAUACCGACAACUUACCAAUCUUAUCAGGAUUUUGAAGUAGAGUUCAAGAAAAUUGUUAGAAAGAACACCUGGUGGUUCUGAAAAGGAAUAAAAGCACUGUUAUCAUCAGAUUAGGUUAAGGUUAACUAACAAAAGUACACAAUAUUGACAGUGGUACAAGGCAGAUGUAAUACUAAUUACAUUAAAAAAUAUCACUGUCAAUAUUGUUUUACAAUUUCUUUAACAAAUAAAUUGUAAGUCUACAGAAAUUUACAUCAUAAUUCUACUUAUCUAAGUUAUAUUGCAUUAUUAUCAUCAUUUUGCUUAUUGUAAUUUUUUUUAUAAAAAUUCAAUUAAUUGUAUUGUUUCUUUAAAUUUAAUUUAUAUUACUUAUCAUAUCAGCAGAGGAAGUUUCAAACACUAACAGGUAUAUUUUCAACUCAGAUACCGAGAACGCUUUAGAGUGACUGAGUCAAUCAUUAAAACCACUAAUACAGCAGAACCUUCCUUUGGGACAUCCCUAUUCAAGGGGCAUCCCUAUUAUGGGGAUACUUUUCUGUGAAACAAGGGACUAUAUAUAUAUCUGUUGACACUACAGCCAACCCCUAUUAGAGGCACUUCUAUUGGGUGGCAUAAUUUUCGAGUGUGUCAAAUGGUAAAAUCAUUUUAACACCUAAAGGGUUACUUAUUUUUGUUAUUUUAUCAUAACAACUACAGUAGUCUCAAAAUUCUUUUGAAUUUAUAUUUUGUCCUUUUGCGUCAUAAACUUUAUCAUCAAACCAGAAUUUUUCCUCUCAAUAUCUAAAAUGGACAUCAGUAUG